GCCGGCGCUUCCGUGGGGCGGGGGAGUGGGGGGAGGCCGUGCCGUGUCCUCCCAGGACCUUUCUCACCCCCCUCCUUCCUCCUGGGCCCUGCCUGCUGGGGCCCAGCAGGCAGGGGGAGGCAACUGAGGCUGCACAAGAGGACACAGGCCAGCCUGUUCUAGCCCAGGAGACAGAGGGCGCCUCUGUCCACUCCUGGGUGUCUGUCUGUGAAGGGGUGGAGCCGGUGGGGGGGAGCAGCGGGGGCAGGACCGCAGACAGGUCUCCCCACACAGCUCCCUUAGUCACACUUGCAGACUCUUCUGUCUGUCCAGAACCCGCUCCCACCUCAGGUCCAGGCUGACAGGGACGGGGUAGGUGAGCUGCGAGAUGGGCUCUGAGCUGGAGACAGCGAUGGAGACGCUCAUCAAUGUGUUCCACGCGCACUCGGGCAAGGAGGGAGACAAGUACAAGCUGAGCAAGAAGGAGCUGAAAGAGCUGCUGCAGACCGAGCUCUCGGGCUUCCUGGAUGCCCAGAAAGAUGCAGAUGCCGUGGACAAGGUGAUGAAAGAGCUAGACGAGAAUGGAGACGGGGAGGUGGACUUCCAGGAGUACGUGGUGCUGGUGGCUGCCCUCACUGUGGCCUGUAACAACUUUUUCUGGGAGAACAGCUGAGCAGACAGCCCCAGUGAGCAGCGCCCUUCCCCUUCCCUGAUUCCCCCGCACCCCACUUUUUCCUCCCUGCACUCUUACCCUUGCCCACCCUCCAUCAAGGGUGCAAGAGUAGAGGGCCAAGCCUGCCGCUCAACUUUCAUUAAAGGCUCUUCUCUAGUCA